UCGGAGUUGCGCUGCUGUUGUUGGGUGUUCAGUGCCAAGCUCGGAAAGUGAUUGGGUUCCUACAGGAUUUUGUUAAUUGGCUGUGGGCUGACUGCAACAUGUGGAGUUUGUUAUGGAGCUUGAUGGCUGCAGUAAUUCUCUUGGGUCAAGCAAGGCCAAAUAUGAAGCUCAAUUCCCAGUCCAGCAGUGGUUUACUGUCAGACUGUGUGGGUAAUCUAAUGAGGCUUUCGUUGGACAAGGCCCUAGCAGUGGGGAACGAGCUUGAGGUCGAGGCCGUCAAUGGCACCCAGCAUGUUGUGUUAACACCCAGUUUAGCUGCUCAGUGUGGCUACAGCAUGGAGUCCGACCCCUCUGGCAACACUAGAAUCUACUCCUCUCUGCUGGGCUGCUAUGUGGACAACAAAGAUGACCGUAUUUUCAAUGUUGGCUUGAGGCUGCGAAUGUACAGCAACAGUCAAUCCGACGUAGUUACCCAUGAUGUAAAGCAGACUUGCAGCUAUACUCAGUGGGCCUCGAGAGAGAUUCUCUGUGACAGGAACUACAUGGAAGUGUCAGGCUUUAUAGCUGCUCCUGAUGCUGGAUUAAAGGGACAGGCUCAAGAUGUUAAAGACGGCAACAAACUUCCUGAUGCAUCUGGGGCAGCACACGGUAUCUGGAAGGUGACAUUUUACACCCCAGAACCAGUAGCAAUGGUGCUGAGGGAGGCUGAACAAGCCGGCUACGGCCUCAAGUUGACCUCGACACGUCUGGUUGUGCGAUCCCCCUACAAUACAGCACAGACCACUUCAGAGGAAGUGGGUGGAGUCCCCAUGGAGGUGAUCAGGGUGAGCGCCUACUAUCAGACUCCACAUGGUCUGAAUGUGAUGAACUUGGCAGCUGCUUGUCCCACAGGUGGAGUCCUCUUCAUCAACAAUCUAAUCUCGUGGCAUGUACCUCGCCGUCUGACACCACUGGUAGAUGGCAGCUUUGAGGUCCUAGAAUUGCACAUGGGCAUCAACGGGAAAAGGCUUGAUCGAUCUCAGAUGGCCACACGGGGGUACACUCUGUCCACCACUCACCACCAUAUUGUCAUUGAGAUCCCAGUGGGCUCGCCUGAUGGUCACUUCAAGAGCCAUGCCCCAGAUUACCAGUACCACAUCACGUACAAUGUGGAGCCCAUGCUUGAGGUAUUGUGGAGGACCACUGACACCAAAGAUGAUACCAGAUACAAGAUUCUGUUCCCCAUUACAACCCCUUUCAUGCCUCAACAGCCCCACAUCCAAGAAAAUACUGUCCCAGAAGCUCGGGUGUUCAGCAUUGUUUUUGGCACCUUUCUUCAUGAUGUGGUACUGAAGAACAUCACCUUCUCCACUGGGGUUCUCACUGUUGAGGAGAGCAACGCCAGAGGCUUUACCAUCCAGGAGCACCGAUACACAAAUGGAACAAAGGACUACUCUCUCUCAGUACCUUUUGAUGCUGAUGUUGUCCUGAAACAUAACCCAGAAAUCUUGGUUACAACCUACUUCCUCUCGCUUGCCCUUGGGUUCAUCAUCUUGCCUGAAGAAACUCAAUUUGCCCACAAAGUUGAGUUGCAGGCGUCUCUGCAGGAUGUCGCGCUACCCACAAUCACUGGCACCUGCGACCAGAAGCACUUUUUUGUCACUGUGAAAUACGGAAGUCAAGGCAACAAUAUCCAGGCAAUAGUUGGACAUCGACAAGUCACACCAGAGAUAGCUGAGGAAUAUCAAUUCCAAGACAACUGCACACACAGCAGUCUCGUACUGCCAUACAAUGCAGAGGACGCAGUGAUUGAGUUUAUAACUACUGAUUCACUCGGAGUCAAAGUGGACUUCAGUUUGUUGGAUGAUGACAACCGGCUGCUUGCUGAUCUUUACCUUUCCUGCACCUUCCCCUUUACAACAACCACAUGCCAUCCAAAUGGAACAAUGACCGCUACGGCUGUGAAGGUGCAAUCUGUGGCCAAGCUUGAUCCAAGUAGUCUGACUUUAAAGGACCAGUCCUGCAAACCGGCAUUCAGUGAUGAUCGCUUUGCACUGUUCUCUUUCAGUGUUGAUUCCUGUGGAACCACUAGAACAUUCUUCGACCACUACAUGCUCUAUGAAAAUGAGAUUGGCCUGUAUUACAACAAAGGAGUUGCCCAGACGUCACCCAUUGAUCCAGCCUACAGACAAAUAAUUUCCUGCUACUACGUGGUCAAUGGGACACAGACUGUCGGUGUCAGCUCCAAACAAAGGCUCUAUGAUCCCAAAGCAGGUAUCGGCUCAGGGCAGCUGAUGGUGCAGAUCAGGCUAGCACAAGAUUCAUCCUACCAGCUCUUCUACCAAGCAGAAGAUUAUCCAGUUGUGAAAUACCUGAGGCAGCCUCUGUAUUUUGAGGUGGAGCUGAUUGAUUCUUCAGACCCAAAUUUGGAGCUUAUCGUGGAGAAGUGUUGGGCUACACUUGAUGAAGACCGGACAUCUCUACCUAGCUGGGAUAUCAUCGUGGAUGGUUGUGAGAAUCCUGAUGACAUCUAUGCGACAGUUUUCCAUCCUGUUGUGAGCGACUCCAGGGUUUUAUUCCCAGCCCACUUCAAACGCUUCUCCAUGAAAAUGUUCACCUUCAUUAAAGACAAGGCGGUUCUGAAAGAAGAGAUCUAUGUCCACUGUGAUGCAGUGAUUUGUGACUCAAGCAGCCGAGCAGAUUCAUGCAGAGGCCAAUGUGUGCAGCCCACACGCCAGAUUAACGCCAGACCGCAUGAGAGGAAAGGAGCAAAACAAGCACAAAGAGGAAAGGAUUCUACCCAGCAAAGGCAAAUCACCUCUGGGCCGAUUGUGUUAACAUCAACUUCUGAAUAAAGAUUUUUGUUACUGUUUGUUUGUGUAAAAGUGUUUGGGUUUUCACCCUCCAUUACAUGCAUUUUAUAAUUAACGCAGUUCUGCAGAGAUGCUAUAAAUGUGGGUGACUUUUUGUAUCACGAUUCAGUAGCACCUGCAAGACACACUUUCCGUCUUUCAGAAGUUCAAUAUUGCCAAUUUCCCUAACUAAGAACCUAUAGGGAUAUACUUUUAAAAUGUUUGCAAACUCACUUGGUUUCUGAAGCACAGACAUGACUGACCGCGACAUGCGAAUAUAUAUAUUAGGCUGCACAUAAUGUUGACUAAAUUAUAUUGAGGCAAUUUAACAAAUGUAAUCUGGAAGAAUUGCAGUGUUAAAGCACUUCAGUUCCUUA